AUGGACUUCGCGGCGAUUAUGGCGGCGCAAAUCGCAAAGGCCAAAGGCAGCACCGCGCCAAAAUCAACCUCAUCAGACCCCGCCGCCGAUACCAACGGCAGCAAAGCAGCACCGGCCAAGAAGUUCAUGACCAUCGCCGAAGCCGAACGGCAGCGCGAAGCGGCGUACCGAGCCGAGCAGGCCCGGCUGGAGGCGGAGCGCGAGGCCAAAGCGGCGGCCAAGCGCAAGCGGGAGGACGAAGCGGCCGCCGAGGCCAAGGCGCGCGAGCAGAAGCGGCAGCGGCUGGCGGAGGAGUCGAGGCGGCGGAGGGAGGAGAAGGAGGCUGAGGAGGAAAGGCUGCGUAGGGAGAGGCUGGGGCUGCCGCCGCUGCCCGAGGCGGAUGGGGCCGACGACAAGGCGCAGGGAUCGGACGACGAGGACGAGGGUGCGCCGAGCGAAGAGGAGAUCAGGAAGCUGCUCAGGGAGAGGGGCCUGCCAGUCUGUUUGUUUGGAGAGACCAGGAGGGCUAGGCUGCGGAGGCUGCGUCUUUCGGAUGACGUGCCGAUCCCUACGACCCUUCAGGCUGUCGAUGAGAAGGAUAUGAAGCUCGACGGAAAGAUGCCUGACGACAGGGCGGGGCGAAAACUUCUCGCGAGGAAGCUUACGAGCUACUUCAACAUGGUGCUGGCACAAUGGGAGGAAACCUUACGGCGUGAAGGGGAGAGGCCCGGGAGCAAGGAGUACAACACCAUGGCCCAGAGUAGGGAUACAUUGAGACCUCUGUUUCGCAAACUCGAGAAGCGCGAGCUAGACGACGAAAUUUUCAAGGCCAUUCUCGAGAUUGUACAAGCAGCUCAAGAACGGCGAUACGUCGACGCGAACGACGGUUAUCUCCGCCUCAGUAUCGGCAAAGCUGCUUGGCCAAUCGGUGUUACCAUGGUGGGUAUCCACGAGCGAAGUGCUCGAGAGAAACUGCACAAUGGAGAAAAGGGUCAUGUCAUGGGUGAUGAAGUCACGCGCAAGUACUUACAGAGCAUCAAACGCAUGUUGACUUUUGCCCAGACGAGGUGGCCGCCUCAAGACAUUAAUCAAUUGAUGGGCUGA